AUGGAGAACAGCGUGUUUCUGCCUUUUGAAUUGAUCAUCGAAAUUCUGUUGAGGUUACCGGUGAAGCCUCUAUUGCGUUUCAGAUGUGUCUGCAAAUCAUGGCUUUCUCUUAUUUCUAGUAACACUUUUGCUACUUCACAUUUUGAACAUGCUGCCACACACAGACGUUUCUUCAUAACACGUUCUGCUCUUCAACCUUUAUCUAUAGAUCUUGAUUCAUCGUUCCACGAUGCUUCUCCAACUGAUGAUUACUUGAUAGUUUCCGGGUGGGGAGAAUAUGACCCAGUACCUAGGCCAAUAAAAUUGAUGAUUUUCUCAUUGAGAGCUAAUAAGUGGAAACCAAUUGAGGUUGCUUCUCAUUUGCCUUAUAUGGCGACUUCUGUAUCGGAAAAUACCCCUAAAUGUGGGUUGUUCUUGAAUGGAUCUAUCCAUUGGAUGGUUCAUAAUUAUGAGAAAUCAAAGAAUGUUAUUAUUGCCUUUGAUUUAAAGGAAAUGACGAUAUCAGAGAUAGCUCUGCCAGAUGAUUUUAUUCUCAGUUAUAGUAAUAAUUUUUCUAUAUAUUAUGAUUUGUUGGAAGUUGGAGGACUUAUCAAUGCAUGGGUGAAGGACCUGAAUACAGUGAAGAUAUGGGUGAUGCAAAAAUAUGGAGUUCACUCAUCUUGGACUAAGAUUAUUCAAUUUUCUAUUGAUCCUGAUUUGCACAAUUCUUUAGAGAUAAUAUGCUUAACAAAGUGCGGUGAUAUUGUUGGAAUAAAUGAUGUAGUUGGAUUGGUGAAGUUGAAUGAUAAAGGACAUGACGGAUACGCAUUGGUCGUGUAUACAGAGUCUCUAUUUUCACUCCCUAGCAGUGGUCAAACUUAG